CUGCUGUGAUAAUCUUCAGCAGACCGAGGCUGGGGCGAGAAUGAGGCAGACCUGUUUACAUGGUGUGUGCAGUGCCUUGUGGAAUUCUUAACUCUAUUUUAUUGUAUUAUUUUUAAUCGAAAAGUAGAUCAGAUGAUAGCAUGAAGUGAAUCGGCUGCUUUGGACUAAUGGGAUCUUCUUUUCUGCAUUAAGAUCAAGAACUUUUCUGGAAUCCUCUGUUCUCCGAGUAGCCUUGUCUUCUCUGUGUGUUUUAUCAAUUUGAAGAACACUGGCAAAAAUCAGCAAACUUCGUCUCCCAAAAAGCUCUCGCUCUUUUUUGCCAGUACUUGAAGAUUUCUGCUCCAAAAUCUACUUUGAGCUGCUUGAGCAUGGUGGUUGAUAACCGAAGGGCGAAAGCAUCACUUAUUUAGUGUGUGUUAUAGAAAUUUUUUAGACAACCUUACUAGCUAACCCAGGUGACCCUUUACGGAUUUCUUUCAAAGCCAAUUUGAAUAAACAACUCUUCCCUCUCAAAUGGGCAAGAGUAACUCUUCAGCACCAUGGAGAGGUCCGGGCAGCGUGUUACAACGUGGGACUGUGACCAGGGCAAGCACUCUGACAGUGAUUACCGAGAGGAUGGGAUGGAUCUAGGCAGUGACGCCGGCAGCAGCAGCAGCAGCAGCCGCGCCAGUUCACAGUCCAACUCCACCAAAGUGACCCCUUGCUCCGAGUGCAAAUCUUCAUCGUCGCCGGGGGGCAGCCUGGACUUGGUGUCUGCCCUGGAGGACUAUGAGGAGCCCUUCCCGGUCUACCAGAAGAAGGUGAUUGAUGAGUGGGCGCCGGAGGAGGACGGGGAGGAGGAGGAAGAGGAGGACGAGCGCGACCAGCGAGGGUACCGGGAUGACCGCUGUCCGGCCCGGGAACCGGGGGACGUAAGCGCCAGGACCCGCAGCGGCGGCGGCGGGGGCAGGAGCGCCACCACCGCCAUGCCGCCCCCGGUGCCCAACGGCAACCUCCACCAGCACGACCCCCAGGACCUCAGGCACAAUGGCAACGUGGUGGUGGCUGGCCGGCCGAGCUGUUCCCGGGGCCCCCGCCGGGCGAUCCAAAAGCCCCAGCCGGCUGGGGGCCGGCGCAGUGGCCGCGGCCCGGCGGCUGGGGGGCUCUGCCUUCAGCCCCCAGACGGCGGGACGUGCGUCCCCGAAGAGCCCCCGGUGCCACCUAUGGAUUGGGAGGCGCUGGAGAAGCAUCUGGCCGGGCUGCAGUUCCGGGAGCAGGAGGUACGGAACCAGGGCCAGGCGAGGACCAACUCCACCUCCGCACAGAAAAAUGAGAGAGAGUCUAUCAGACAGAAGUUGGCACUUGGAAGCUUCUUUGAUGAUGGCCCAGGAAUUUAUACCAGCUGUAGCAAAAGUGGGAAGCCAAGCCUUUCCUCCCGACUGCAGAGUGGGAUGAACUUGCAGAUAUGCUUUGUCAACGACAGUGGCAGUGAUAAGGACAGUGAUGCUGAUGACAGUAAGACUGAAACCAGCUUGGACACCCCCUUGUCUCCCAUGAGCAAACAGAGUUCUUCCUAUUCUGAUAGAGACACUACUGAAGAGGAGUCUGAAUCCUUGGAUGACAUGGACUUCCUUACAAGGCAAAAGAAAUUGCAAGCUGAAGCCAAAAUGGCCCUUGCCAUGGCCAAACCAAUGGCCAAAAUGCAAGUAGAAGUGGAGAAACAGAACAGGAAAAAGUCUCCUGUCGCUGAUCUUCUGCCACACAUGCCUCAUAUAAGUGAAUGCUUGAUGAAAAGAAGUUUAAAACCCACCGACCUGAGAGACAUGACUAUUGGGCAGCUACAAGUGAUAGUCAAUGAUCUCCAUUCCCAGAUAGAAAGCUUGAAUGAAGAGUUGGUCCAGCUGCUUCUCAUCCGAGAUGAGCUGCACACAGAGCAGGAUGCCAUGCUGGUGGACAUUGAAGACUUGACCAGGUCAGUGUGGCUUCACUCUUGCCAAAGAAGAAAAGCCCAGGGUGGUCUGAAAUCUAAGAAUUAGGCAAAAACUAGCUCGAGAGAACUUCUUCCUCUACUUCCAUAAAUAACUCACCUAGCCUUUUCUGGUGCCAGCUGUUCAGAUGGAGGGGAAGCAGAAUUCCAUUGUCCUUACCAAAUGCAUGCUUUUUAGCAACCAUCCCCCUCCCUUGUGAUGAAUUGUCAGUGCAUUACUUCUCACAUCUCCACCUAAAUCAGGUCAGUAGUUCUGGUCUUGGAGGACUUUACCUUGAAGGACUGCCCCCUGGGAAGCUGGGCAUAAGCCAUGUCAUGCUGGCAUGUUUCCAGCACAAGCAGCCAUGUAAUGAGUUCUCCAAAGCACGAUCUCUUGUAUGAUCCAGUUCAUGAUCGCCUCUGCCAUGCCCAGAAGGCAGGGACACUGGCAUCUCUCUACAGCCACAGUGCCACCAGAUUGUUCUCACCAUGGGGAAACUCCAGGACUUGAGUUUUUAGCUGGGCUUUGCUCCAACUGCCUCUUUGUAAAGAGGUAAAAAUAAUGCUUCCCUCCCUAGGGGACAAGGAAACUAGGCUAAUGCUGGUCAAAAUUUUGCAUUUCUUUGUAGAUUUCCUUGCAGGAAAGCAUGUCACUGUAAGUAUAUAAAGUACCUGGAAUACUGUAAACAUUCCUAUGAGCACAUAUUUACUAUGGAAUCUUUUCUGAGACAGUCCAUAUGGAAUCUUUAAACCAACAGACAGUAAUUGCUGUUAAUCCCAGAAACAGUAUUUAGAGAGUAGAAGGCUCUCCAAAGAAGGAACACCUCUUGGCACAAUGAUGUAAGGAGUUAACCACAUGGUCUACAACAAUCCCAGAGAAGCUUGAAAACAUAGGUAGUGAUAAUAAUGCUCCCAGCACCUACCAUAGACCUCAUCUCAAUGUGUAAUGCUGGGUAAAAUAAUUGUCUAAUGAUGCAAUGAUAUAAAAAAAUAGUUUUGGUAGCAAAAUAAAUGCUGGAAAAAUAUGUUUAAGCUUUCUUUUUUAAGACUUACAAGCAGCACUGUUUUAUAUGUUUUACAUAUUAUAUUGCCUUAUCCCUAGCCAAAAACAAAACAAAACAGUAAGCCUUCUCAUACUCUUUGAACAUAUUUGCCUGCAUCUGAAAUAUCACAAUAACACUCAAAUAAUAUUAUUGCCAUCUAAAGAUGUAUUCAGGCACUACACCACCAGCAAUUAUAAAACAUCCCUUUUUUGUUAGUUUAAGAAGUUUGCAUGCAGGUGUUAAGAUUAUGGGAAAUCAGUGGUGAAAUAUACAAUCAGGACCUACAUUUUUUUAAAAAAAUAUGUAAACUCUUGUAAACUAUGAUUUACCUGUGACAGCAGAGAUCUUUUCUCUGUCUCUCAGAAUAGUAUGCAUUUCUUUUUUGGCAAGGAGGAUGGUGAGAGGCCCCUCUUCUUCUCUCUAAGUGUUAGGCUAAUACUUAGGUUUGCAGUGUAUGUUUUUAUAACUUUCAGAUGGUGUGACCAUCGGAAACAGGGCAGGCAAAACCAUGGAGUUAAAAGGAGAGGAGUCACUAAUUUAAAGGUGUUGGAGGCAUUCUUUGAAUUGGAGCAGUCCUACCAUGGGCCCCAGGGGCAUGAUGUCCUUGCCUAGCCUGCCUCUUGGUGGGAAGAAGCUUCUACAUCUGCUCCUGGCUGCAGAAAAGUAACUUUCCUCAUUGGAGGGACCUGAGGAUACUUAAACAUCCCUAAAGGCAGCAGCCCCAGAGUCCUGCAGCCAGAUAUCGGAAGGCAGAGGGGGUGGCUGUGGGGACUGCUGGGACCUGUGGUCCACCUCUUCCCUUUACCUGUACAACUCCUACUAUUCCAGAUGUCCAUUCAAAUCAGUAGUUCUCAAUUUGGGUUGCACAACAGAACCAUGUGGGGAGGCUUAUAAAAUAGUGAUGCCUGGAUCCUACCCCAGAUAUUCUUAUUUAAUUAUUCUUGUGGGCUAGCGUGGGCAUGAGAAUUUUUUUAAAGCUCUGAGAUAAUUCUCAUGCACAGCCAAAUUUGAGAACCACAGGUUUGGAUGAUGCUUCUUUGGAGAAGCCCUCCCUGACCUCCAAACACUUGGCUCUUUAGCAUUCAUUCUCCCCUUAUAUGGACUGUCAGUGCAUUAAACUUAUUACACCUCCAUGUAAAUCAGGACUGUUCCCAAGGGAGUUGACCCUGGUGUGUCAGGGUCUUUCCAUGCUGGCAUGUUUCCAGAACAUGAACAGCCAUGUGGUGGGUCUACAAAACAGCACCAGCAAUUACGUGACCUGCUUUCGAUCAUAAGACUGUGUUAAGACCUUCUCCUCAGUGUUCCUAACAACAUCUCAUCUCUGUCAUGUGGAGCCUAGUGGCACUGUGUUUUAUUUGUCUGCUGUCUCUCCCAACGUGACUAUGAAUUCCCUGAAAGCAGAGGUGAUGCCAUUUUCAUUCAUUACUGUGUCCCCAGAGCCUAGCACAGGGCCUGCCAGGCACAUUGUAAGCCCUCAAUAGCAAUUGUUGAUUUAAAAAAAAAAAAAAAGAGUUUUGGUGGGGCUUCAGUGAAACAAAUCCUAAUAGGGACUCUUAUAUAACUUGCUGAUAAGAACCUUUUAGUUUUAUGGACUGAUCCCUCCUUUGUUUAAAAUUUUAAUGAAAUUCACUUUUAUUUAUGUCUCAAAAAAUUACCCAGCUUUCAAUAUUUUCUGAAGUUGUGUGCCAUCUGCUCUUCUUUCCUCCUCAGAAAACCUUUUGAUGUAUGUGCGUGCGUGUGCAUAGGAGUGUGUGUGCAUGAGCAUGUACAUAGUAGUAUAUUUUAAAAAUUACUGUGAGAACUGUAAUUAGCUACAGUGGAAUCAAGUUCACUGGGCGUCAAAAUAUCUUGAUCUGGAUUUGCUUAAGUGAGGCAUAUGAGUUAGUCACGAAAAUGUUUGAUUCUUGUUACACAUCAACAGGGCUAUAAGAUGGUCUGCUAAAGGGGACAGAUUUUUUAAGGAAUGGAGAGCUAUCGAUAAGGUACUUUUUCCUGAGUACCUUUAUUGUUAGUUGAAUAGUGCCAUUUAUUUAUGGGCUGGUGAGUGUAGCAAGGACACUGUUGUCACUCCCCUGUUUCUGAAAGUAUUUGUAGUUUGUCUUCCCUGAUAUGACACAUUCUGCAUAAAACCAGUGAGUUCAACUUGACAUCACUGACUACCCAAGUCCAGGCAGCACACACAAACUAUUCCUAAACGUUUGAUUAUAGCUGGAAACCACAGCCCUAGAUGUUUUUAUCUUGCCAAAUUUAUCAUUUCCUAAAAUCGUCCUUUAAAACCAUUGUCUUUUGCAGCCUUCAAACCCCAUCAUUCUCUGAGAAGUGACCAUUCAAGUGAUGUCAACAGCUUGGCCACACUCCUCCCCCUCUGGCCCACUGUCUACCUCUGCCCCACUGUCUAGCUGCUUCACUGGCCUAUUUUUGGGUUCACAGGUCAUAAUAGAGCUUGUUUUUGGUUUUGUUUGUUUGUUUGUUUGUUUGUUCUUUGAGACAGAGUUUCACUCUUGUCACCCAGGCUGGAGUGCAAUGGCAUGAUCUUGGCUCACUGGAACCUCCACCUCCCGGGUUCAAGCAAUUUUCCUGCCUCAACCUCCUGAAUAGCUGGGAUUACAGGCGCACACCACAAUGCCCAGCUAAUUUUUGUAUUUUUAGUAAAGGCAGGGUUUUGCCAUGUUGGCCAGGCUGGUCUCAAACUCCUGACCUCAGGUGAUCCACCAGCCUCAGCCUCCCAGGGUGCUGGAAUUACAGGCGUGAGCCACUGGACCUGGCCCAUAAUAGAGCUUUAUAAAUAAGAAGACUCACCCUAUCCUCACUGCCAAGACCAUGCCCUUAGGAUUAAUUGGGGGGGAAAACAUGCAAACAUGGAAUAUCUUUACAUCCACAAAGACCUGCCAUUUGAUAGACAUUGGCUUUUGCAGGAGUGAAUUAGAUUUUUGGCUCCAGGUUUCUGUCAGGAGUCUUAGUUAAUAUCUAGGUCUGUGUCUGCAUGUGUCUUUAGAUAAAGUAGUCACUCAGUUACUCUUAUCAUAAUACCUUGUUUCAACUUUUGGCUUCGUGCUUAUUUCAAUCUGUUAUUUCCUUAUUUGCUAUUUAUUCCUUUCUUGUCUCAUAUUCCCCAUGAGAACAGAGACCUCACUGUCUUGCUCACCAUCAAAUACCCAUGGAAGACACAUAUUUAAUAUUUGUUGAUAAAAGUAUCCGAGAUGUUUAUUUAUUUUCAUUUUCAAACAGAACUUUUCUUCUUAAAAGUAGUAAUGUCUAAAAGUCUCAGGUUCAUCCAGUGGCUUACUAAAUAAAAGGAAUCAUACACAAUAUGUAAAAAUUAAAGAGUUCAAAUCAGAGUUCAAAGAGUUUGAAUAAGGUACUUUUUCUUGAUUCUAAUCUAUUUCACUGUCAGUAACUCUGAACUUCAGUUUGCAGGAUGCUGUAGCUAUUGAUUGAAAAGCAGUUUGGAUCUCUCUACAUGAUGCUAAAUAAUUGUAUUAAUUAUU